AUGGCGAGGGGACAUGGUCCCAAGACAAAGGGAGAGGUCGAGGUGAGCCGAUCAGCUUCGUCUCGUAACUCGGAAUCACCCUUCGGAUACGAAGACGUUUCCUCCAGGGUUGGGAGAGCACUUCGACUGGCUGAAUCUCGAGGAUGGUCUGAGAGUGGCUCGAGAGGAAAAGAAGCCUCUCAUGGUCAUCAUCCACAAGUCUUGACUAUCUACGAAGCGGCUCCGAAUUUCGUCAUGGUGAAUAUCGAGGACGAUGACGAUCCUCAUCAUCCUGCCUUAGAGCCUGAUGGUGCCUAUUACCCUCGAAUUCUAUUCUUCGGUAUGCUCGGAUGUGUCCUCGCGUCUUCCAUCAAUGAUGGGAACCGACCUCGAAACCAGCCAACCUAUUACGCAGAUCGUUUUAAACCAGUGGAUAUCCCGAACCCGGGGAGGGCGGCGCACAAGUAUUACUUCCCGACAGUGGAUGUUCUCAUCCCGGCCAUGUACGAGGCCCAUCGAAGGGUCCUAGAGGCCAGAGAGAGCAGGGCCUACGAGCACGAUGAGGUGUGA